GCAGAGAGAUGGUGAAAAAGAAGUGUACGAAUAAGCGAAUCGCAUUAUUGUUCUUGGAUCCGCAAUUUACCUCCAGUGUGACCUACUUUUGAGAUCUUUAAAAAUGGGCAAAGAAAAGAAAAAGUAUGAGAGUGGUGCGGCUACUGCAUAUAUCUCCCGCAGUCAGGCACUUAGAAAACUACAGCUCUCAUUGGCAGAUUUCAGACGUUUGUGUAUCAUAAAGGGUAUUUAUCCUCAUGAGCCGCGUCACAAGAAGACAGUAGGCAAGGGAAGUACGGCACCUAAGACCUAUUACUAUCUCAAGGAUAUACAGUUCCUUCUACAUGAGCCGAUAGUUAACAAGUUCAGAGAUUUCAAAUCGUUCCUGCGAAAAAUCAAGCGAGCCUGUGAUAAAGGUGACGAUGAAAGAGCCGAAAGGUUGAGGCAAAAUAAACCCAAGUACAAGUUAGACCACAUUGUGAAAGAAAGGUAUCCCACAUUUAUUGAUGCGAUAAGGGAUAUGGACGAUUGUCUAUCAAUGGCCUUCCUAUUUUCAACGUUCCCUAAGUCACGCAAAACCCAUGUAGAAUUGAUAAACCGUUGCAAGAUACAGACUGUUGAGUUCAUGCAUUACAUCAUAUCUUCUAAGUCCUUAAGAAAGGUGUUCAUUUCCAUCAAAGGUGUUUACUACCAAGCUGAAGUCAUGGGACAGAUCAUCACAUGGGUCGCACCACACAAAUACGCUUAUGAUCAUCCAACAGAUGUUGAUUAUAAGAUUAUGUCGACAUUUGUGGAGUUCUACACGACAAUGCUCGGUUUUAUCAACUACAGAUUGUAUACAUCCCUCAGUCUACACUACCCCCCAAAGCUGGAAUUGCCUGGCUCUAUUGAUACAUCAAUUGGGGAGAAAGAAAUGUGUUCAGAACAGGAUGCAUUGACCGAGAAACUAGCUGCACUGACACAGACACUCCAAAUGAUGGGAGAUGCACCAGAUGACCCACAACCCGAUGAGUUCCCUGCAAUUUUAUCAGAUGAUCCUGACCUGAUAGAAAAAGCAAAAGUGGAACAAGAAAAUAUGAAAAAGUUUCAACAGCUUUUCAAAGGCUUGAAAUUCUUCCUGAACAGAGAAGUUCCAAGGGAAUGUCUUACCUUUAUCAUAAGAUCUUUUGGCGGUGUUGUAUCAUGGGAAAAAUCAUUAGCAGUUGGCUCCACCUAUAGUGAGGAUGAUGAAACAAUCACACAUCACAUCGUUGACAGGCCAUCCAUGUCAAAUCAGUAUCUCUCCAGGUUUUACAUACAACCUCAGUGGGUGUUCGAUUCUGUUAACGCACAUCGCUUGCUUCCUGUUGAGGAGUAUUUCAUUGGCGCAGAUCUUCCCCCUCAUCUGUCGCCUUUUGUAGAGGAAACUGAAGGUGUUUAUGCUCCCCCAGAACAGCUUGGUGUUGAAACUACAGACUCGGGUAUUGACAAUGCAGAAUCUAGUGACGAGGAAGAGGAUGUUGAACAGGAUGAAGAGGAUGGUGAAGAGGGUGAAAGUGAAGAGGGUGAGGAUGAGGAAGAUGAAGAAUUUGGUGACGAAGACGAAGAUGAUGAUGAAGAGGAAGAAGAUGAAAUAAAAGAAAGACUUGGCAAACGGAAACUAGAGGAAGACAAAUCAUCAGCCAAAAAGCGAAUGAGUGUCGAAGCUGGUCAGAUGGAAAGUGUUGAUGUGGAAAAGAGGCUGAAAAAGCAGACGGAUGAAGAGCGGAAACUAGCGGAAAUGAUGAUACCGAAAAAGAAUAAGAGACUUUACAAUAAAAUAGUCUACAAAAAGAAAAAGAUGGCUCAAGAGGCUAAAAUAUUGACGGAGAAAAGAGCAGAUUACGACAAAAAACAGAGGAAAUCAAAAAGGAAACAGAAAGCUGAAUAAUAAAAACAUUCCUCAAUAUUAUUUAAAAUAAAUUUCGGACCUAAAAGACAGUGCUAAAACUACAAAUUGACAAGCACAGUAAAAAUGGCCAAGUGGAACACCUCUGUAAGUGGAACACCUCUGUGGAAGUGGAGCACUUCAGAGUGCAAUUAUCCAUUGAUUCAAUGUUAAAUGAAUCUCUGAAAGUUGAACACUUUCCAAGCUGAACACUAUUUUGAGUUACCAAAGAUGUUCCACUUACACAGGUUUUACUGUACUAGUCUAGUUGUAUAGGCCUAGUUGGUAAAACACUGAAUGAACUGAGCAUGAU